AUGGCUCGAAAAAGUGAAAUUUCAUUCCAGAAUAACUCAAGGAAGCGGAAGCAAGGUUUGAACAGUGACCCGGUUACAGCCUUCUUUAACCAGUAUCCCAAGUUCAACUAUCGCAAGAAUGAGUCGAUUGCGUCGGAAUUCUACAGAAUGUGUGACCACUUUGGAUGGGGAAAACAGAACCAAGACAGAAAAAACGCACUUUUCAAAUUCAAAAAUGCCAUGGUCAUGAAAUUCAACGACUUGUAUGGCUCUGAUACCGAUGAUAUCAACUGCUGGCACCGUUUGUGCAUUGCAGUUGAUAUUGAUCCUCUACCACAGACCAUUAAGGCUUGCAAGAAAGAAAUAAAGGGCGUUCAUGUCAAUCUUGUUGAUCUGGUAGACAACACUACCAGACAACAGGCUAGGUUGUUUGCAUCCGUCGAUGAAUUGCGGGCUUAUACCAUAAAUAAUAGCAAAUAUUUCCCUAAGGAAUCAGCUUACGCAGGAGGAGUGUUGAAGUAUUUGCUCCGAGAGAUCCACAACACUCGCUAA